AUGGGUGGUAGUGGUGUGCUUCCAGCAUGUUAUGAAGUAUAUGUGCAUAAUUCAAGUCGAAUAUGGCAAACUGGUAAUAUCUUAAACGAAGAGCUCCCCAUUAUUGCCACUCAAAUUGUCUUUAUUGUAGCUUUGUCUCGUCUUUUAUUCUUCAUCUAUAAACCUCUUCAUCAACCUCGUCUCAUUUCACAAAUCUCUGUUGGUUUUCUACUAACUCCACCAUUACUUGGGAGAUUCACGCCUAUUUUCACAUUCAUUUUUCCUGCAAGAGGGGUGAUUAACAUUGAAGUUCUAGCACAUAUUGGUGUCAUAUACACUGCAUUCCUCAGUGGUUUGGAGAUAAACUUGAAUACCAUAUUAAAUGUUAAAAAGAAAGCUGCAACGAUUGCAAUAUCCGGGAUUAUCUUUCCAAUGGUGAUGGGACCCGCUUUAUACACUAUACAUCGAAAAGUUUAUGUCAACAAUGAUGUUUUUCAAAUUGAUGAAAGUAAAAUGAAUGCUUAUGUACUAUGGACUUUAGUACUAACUGUGACGGGUUUUCCGGUUGUAGUUCACUCCCUUUUUGAGCUCAAACUUCUUUAUACUGGUCUUGGUAAGAUUGCAUUAACGACAACUAUGAUCAGUGACACAUAUGCUUGGAUUUUAUUUACAUUAUUUAUGCCGUUUUCACUUAAUGGUCCAAAAGCAAUAUAUUCAGUGGUAAGCACAAUAAUAUUUGCUAUCAUUUGCAUCUUUGUGGUGCGUCCUAUCAUUGUAAAGGUCAUUGAUCGCAAGACAGAAAGAGAUGAAUGGGAUGAAAACCAAUUACUCUUUGUAGUUAUGGGGAUUUUGGUUUGCUCGCACAUAACAGAUGUUCUUGGCACACAUAGCAUUGUUGGAGCUUUUGUGUACGGGUUGAUUUUACCUCACAGUAAAUUUGCUGACAUGGUGGUUUCAAUGACUGAUGAUUUCGGUGGCGCAUUCUUGGCACCAUUAUUCUUUGGUGGCAAUGGACAGCGACUCAUGGUAGAAUCCAUUUUCAACCAGCAAAAUUGGCCUUUGACAGUUAUGGUUAUAGUCCUAUUGUGUGUUCCAAAGAUAUUAAGCACUUUGUUUGCCACCUUCUUUUUUGGUAUGCCUACUCGUGACGGUUUUGCUCUAGGAGUAAUUCUUAAUACAAAGGGUGUGGUUGCAUUGAUAAUGCUUAACACCGCUUGGGAUAGAUCGAUUCUUUCUGUACCAACCUAUGCUGUUUUAACCUCCGGAGUCCUUUUAAUGACUAUAGUGGUGUCUCCCGUUAUCAAUGCCAUAUACAAGCCCAGAAUGCGAUUUGAGCAAAACAAGCUAAAGACUAUACAAAUGCUAAGACUUGACGCAGAGCUCGGGAUUUUAGCAUGUGUUCACAAUACUCGCCAAACUACAGGGAUUAUCAGCCUCAUUGAAUCUUUCAAUGCCACUAGACUUUCUCCUAUACAUGUUUUUGCACUUUACCUUGUUGAGCUCACAAGACGUGCUGGCGCACUUAUUGCUGCUCAUAUGGAGAAGCCUAGUAGCCAACCCAUAGAACAAAAUCUUACAAGAUCCCAGGAAGAGCUAGAAUGCAUUAGCAAUACCUUUGGAUCAUUUGGAGAGGCAUAUGAUGCUGUUAGAGUGCAAACCUUAAAUGUUGUGUCAGCCUAUGCAACCAUUCACGAGGACAUAAACAACACAGCAAAUGAAAAAGGGACAAGCUUGAUUAUCCUUCCAUUCCACAAACAACUAAGUUCAGGAGGUGCACUUGAAACAACCAAUAUUGCAUACAAAGAUAUAAACUUGAAUGUGAUGCAAAGUGCACCUUGCUCUGUGGGAAUAUUUGUUGAUCGUGGUCUUGGGUCAUUAUCAAAAAUGAACUUUUGCAUAAAUAUGAUCUUUGUUGGAGGUCCUGACGAUCGUGAAGCCUUAGCAGUUGCAUGGAGGAUGGUAGGGCACCCAAGAAUCCAAUUAUCAGUGAUUCGAAUGCUCUUGUUUGAUGAAGCUGCAGAAGUAGACACCUCAAGCCAUGUUGAAGCACAACGCAGCAUACUAUCUGUUGUAAUGGAUAAUGAGAAGCAGAAGGAGUUAGAUGAUGCGUAUGUGAAUUCAUUUAGACUAACAGUAGUGAACAACAAUGAUUAUGUAUCUUAUUCAGAGGUUGAUGUCCAUUCAAGUGAAGAUAUUCCUGCAGUCCUCAAGGAGCUAGAGAAAGUUGGUUGCGAUUUAUAUAUAAUUGGACAAGGAAAUCAUAGGAACUCCCGGGUCUUUUCAAAUUUAUCAGAAUGGUGUGAUUGUUUAGAACUUGGAAUUAUAGGGGAUAUGUUGGCAUCAGACAAUUUUAGUCCGCGCUCAUCUAUGCUAGUUGUGCAACAAUAUGGGUAUGGAGGAAUGGUUUUGGGAUAUAAAUCCAACCAUGUGACCACUAAUAGCAAUAAUUUUGAGGCACUUGUCGUGAAGACAGAAUAA